AUGAAAUGGAUAGUGUUAGCCGGAGAGCUAACCGAGUUGAUGACGAGGUAAAAAUGGCGGAUCUUUCGAAAUCCAACUCCGGCCCGAAAUAGUAACGCAACUAGCUUGACGCUUUCCCCCCACCCCCCAGUCUUUUACCCCACGCGACAUCACGUCUCGGGUUGUUUUUAAUGCAGACGGACGCAGCCCGCGUUUGUUGGCCGUCCUUCCUUCCAGGCUCAUGGGGGGAAACUCCGAGCAGGAAGCGUGUCUGUGUGGAGUGAAUAUAGGGAGGGCAGAGGGGGAUUCAUGUAUGAGCGUUUCGCUGGAUUAAUGUGGAGCAGAGUGCGGCAAGACAAAGAUACGCCGGAGAUAAACGGCGCGGCCUAGUGGACCCACCGUCAGCUGUCAGCGUCUGUCAAAAUCAGCUCGAGUCCAAAUGGACCUCCAGCUCAUCACUGCGCUCAUUUAAUCUGCUAACAUUACAGGUCUAAAGGAGAGCUAAGACACAGCAAGCAUGGAUGUGGUGUCACCGGAGCUCAACAGUCUCCUUCCUGAUGAAAUCAUGGAUACGGAGGCCAUAGAGGAAGUCCCUCACUCCCAGUCAGAGCCCAUGCAUGACACGCCUGUCCCCAUGGAAACAGACGCUCCCGUGACAUCGGAAAGUUUAAACAUCUGCUCCAACGCCGCUCCGGCGGAGCACGUCCAGGCCGUGACCACCGCUGCAGCUGCAGACUCCGCCCCCGGGAGUCAGUCUUCUGUCACGAUUUCCGCUUCGUCGACCUUGUUCACCAUCAAGCCCGCCUUGGCUACUUCCACAGCUGCGACCAAAACCACAGACAGCCUCACCGGAACGACGGUUUCCACGAGCAGCACGCAGAAGCUCGCGACUCCGUUCGCCUUUUCUGCCGCCAACCACCAGAUCAUUCUGAGUAAGGUGGCCUCGGCUCAAGCCACGGAGGCGGCGAAAGCUGCGGCCGCCCCGGCCCAAGUCAUCAAACAAGAAGGGCAGAAACUUUUGGUCACGACGAUAGGGAAGUCGGGGCAGUCGAUAGUGCUCCAGUUGCCCCAGACAGGCAGCAAACCGCAGACUUCAGGGGACGCGAAGUCUCAGACGCCGCAGUUCAAAGUGGUGACUAUUGAUGGGAGAGAGCUGAAACCAGUGGUGGGGAGCGCUGGCAACCAGGUGACCACAUUACAGGCCCAUCAGCUGAAGACCAUGCAGAUCCCCAAGAAAACGCCAGCAUCCUCAACUGCUCCAAUCAAGUUCAUUAUCACAAAGACGGUCAACAGCAAGGGCCUGAGUCCUCAGACGUCGGUGACUCCUGUUAUCGCAGGGCGCGUGGUGACACAAACGUCUCCGGUGAUGUCGCCGAAAACCAUCACGCUGUCCGAGCCCCACAACACUACGAUCCAGAGCGUUCCUGGCAAAAAGAUCGCCAUCUCGCCUCUGAAGACUCCCAGCAAGGUAACCGUGGUGUCAGUGGCUUCCCCGCCGUCCAACACCAGCCAGAAGUCAGUAGCUCUGCCCGUCAAUGUAGCACUUGGCCAGCAAAUUCUUGCAGUCCAGCAGUCGGCGCCUGCAUCUCCAGUCAAGGUGGCCACCAGUCAGACGACGGCGCAGAACAUUAAGCCUGUCCAGUCCGUCGCCGUGGGAGGAGUGGGCGGCUCCCAGUUCAAGACCAUCAUCCCUCUGGCCACCCAGCCGAACGUGCAGCAGAUUCAGGUGCCGGGCAGCAGGUUUCACUACGUCCGCCUCGUCUCGGCGACCACGGCCAGCGCGGCGGGCCAGCCCAGUGCUCCCAACACCAGCUCAGUGCCCACGGGUAAACCUUUAGUGGUGAACACCGGAGCGGUCAGAAUGUCGGUCCCAGUCGUCCAAGCACAGACAAUGAAACAAGUGGUGCCUAAGCCCUUGACAGCUGCACCACAAGUGGUCACCACCACUCAGACGCAGCAGCGACUCAUCAUGCCCGCCACCCCUCUGCCCCAGAUCCAGCCCAACUUCACCAACCUGCCCCCAGGGACCGUCCUCACAUCUGCCCCCGGUGGCAGCAAUGUGGGUUACGCCGUCGUUCCAGCACAAUACGUCACACAGCUCCAGCAGUCGCAGUUUGUGACGCUCGCCAGCAGCUCUAGUUUUCCUGCGUCCAGCAGCAUCCAAACUCAGGCCAAACUCCCUUAUAAUGGCGUGUCGGCAGCAGAGACGACCUCGAGACCCAGAAAACCAUGCAACUGCACCAAGUCACAGUGCCUCAAGCUGUACUGCGACUGCUUUGCAAACGGAGAGUUUUGUAAUAACUGUAACUGCAACAACUGCUUCAACAACCUGGAGCACGAAACGGAACGACUCAAAGCCAUCAAGACCUGCUUGGACAGAAACCCAGAGGCCUUUAAACCUAAAAUUGGCAAAGGCAAAGAGGGCGAGUCGGACCGCCGGCACAGCAAAGGCUGCAACUGCAAGCGGUCGGGCUGCCUGAAGAACUACUGCGAGUGCUAUGAGGCAAAGAUCAUGUGCUCGUCCAUUUGCAAAUGCAUCGGUUGCAAAAACUUUGAGGAGAGCCCGGAGAGGAAGACGCUCAUGCAUCUGGCGGACGCGGCAGAAGUGAGGGUCCAGCAGCAGACGGCGGCCAAGACCAAACUGUCCUCACAGAUCUCAGACCUGCUGAUGAGGACGACUCCCAUUAUAUCGAAUGGAGGCGGGAGGCUGCCGUACACGUUCGUGACGAAAGAAGUGCUGGAAGCGACGUGCGAGUGUUUACUAGAGCAGGCCAAACGGGCCGAACAGACUCGUCAGCCUCAGGCGGAGGCGGAGAGGGUGAUCCUGGAGGAGUUCGGACACUGCCUCAUGAGCAUAAUCAGCUCUGCCGGGAAAGCUAAGACAGACUGCGCCUCCAUCAACUGCUAGGCCGAACUCUUCUGGCUCUCUGUCCGCAAACUCUUGAACAAGGAAGAGCCGGACUCUCUGGCUGCUCUCCGGAAACGCUGAAAGCGGAGAGGUCCUCCAGACUGCCGGAGUUCAGCUGCAUUAAUAGGCUUGAGCUGGAAAACAAAAGGACAGAGCACACUGCCUCCGAAACAUGAACUUCAGCCCGAUUUAUUGCCCUCUAAGGGCUCUCCGGAUCUCUCCUCUCCUUUGUUUUUAUUUUUUACACUCUAUUCUUUUGCCAUCUUGACGUUUUCCAAGAACCCCUGUAUUUUAAUGUCAACAGUUUAUCUGUGUUUAUCAGUAGAUCUUUUUGAUAUUUAUUUUAACAGAUCUUUGUAAUCAAGUGUGAGUGUUAAUAUGCAAGGUUUAGAGCUCUGCAGUCUGUCGAUUAUUAACCGAGGCUAGGCUAAGCUAUUCCAGCAGCAGAAAGUGGAGAUUUUCUACAGGUGUACAGAGAGAGGGAGACAGCUGAACACACUCAGACUGAUAGAGUUCCACAUUUUCCCCAGGUGCUCUUAUAUGCUUUAUUAAAUGCAUACUGUACAUGAACUCACAGCUGACUUGAGAAAACUUUAGGUCCACAUGACUGACGUUCCUGCGCGUCAUAAUGACAAAUUACCGGGAUUUACACCAGCUGUUUUCGUCCGACUUAAAAUUUUGUUUUAACCCUCCCGCGGUUGUAAAAGAGUAAAUCAACACCCUGCGCGCGAUCCGGCGGGGUGGCACCAGUACCGCGCGCGUGCGUGGCUUCGGGAACUGGCGGUCUCCUUACAUCAACUCGGAGGCGUCAACUCUAAACGACAUACCGCUGGCUUUGCUCGCGCGCCAACGCUGGCUUUAAAAAGCGCAACGACCGCGGGAGGGCUAAAAGCAACAGGUUCUCACUGCUCAGAAACCCAGAAUUUAAACAGAACUUUGCAAAAUUAUACCCCAAAUAAAAAUAAACUAAGUAGGUUAAAGUCAUACUGGACGUGCACAUCCAAGAUAACUUUUGUUCUGGUUUUGGAAUAGCUUCCCAGGUUUACUGGCUGCAUUUGUUAAAGAAAAAAAUAAAUAAAGCCAUGCUACCUUCUGUUGCCCUCCCCACAAACAAUCUAUUUCAGGGACACACCGAUAUGAAAAUUUUGGCCAAUAUCGAUAUUAACCUUCCUGUUAUGGUUGAUUAACCAAUAUUUUCCGUUGACAUGGCUUCUCUACUUCAGCUCUGCAGCCCUCAAUCCUGCCCUGUAUCAUGAUUUUUAUUUCAAGUAAAAAGUAGUGAGAUACAAAAAUUACACAGGAGUAGGUAGAAGUAAAAUAAAAACUAAUUCCCGUUACUCUUCCUUUACAGUAUGUCAUGAUAAUUUCUAAGUAUUAUUUGCAUAUUUGAUACAGUUCAGAUUAUUAUAUCAACUUAACACUUCAUAACUCGGUCUGACAGAAAAAAGUUACUGAUUUCUUCAAUUUGUAUCAUCAGUACAACCCCUCCUCCAUUAGUAGUUCUCUAUUUGUUUGUAUUGCUUUGCAAAAUUUCUUGUUUGGGCUUUGCUUCAACUCCUCUCUCAUGCCAUUCCAUAUACACCCCACAAAUUGAUACACAUAAUCCUCCUUGUAGUACGAACAGUGUUGUGUUUUUGUUAAUUAAGUUGACCUCUUAAAUUGUACCUCCUCUUCUCCGUCACUAAACAUUUGUUGAAUGUU